AUGGUUCAGACACCUAGUCCAUUUGUUUACUGGGCCCAAGAUGCUGAUAAUAUUUAUCUAAAAGUUGAUUUGAAAGACAUUGAGGAUGAAGAUAUUCAAUUAGAUAAAAGUAGUAUGACUAUGACUGCUAAAGGAGUUGGUGCUCAUGGUCCUUCGAAAUAUAAAUUUACCUUACAUUUUUUCAACGACUUAGCUUCUGAUGAUCAAGUGCAUGUUAUAAAAACAUCGCCGAGGGCUAUUGAAUUCACUUUGAAAAAAGCUUCGUCAUCAUGGUGGAGCCGAUUAAUAAAACAUCAACAGAAACCUGCAUGGCUUAAAAUUGAUUUCGAGCGGUGGAAAAGCGAAGAUGAUGAUCAAUCCGAUUCAAAUAUUGAUGGCAACAGUCCUCGUGAUGUUAUGGGAGAUUAUCCAGAGUUGUUCGAAAAGUUAAAAAAAGAUGAAUUUGGAUAUGUAAAAGAGGAUUUCAAAAAAGUUUACUUGGUUUUCUAUAACCUUACACAAUUUAUUUUCUAUACGUAUAUACUUGUAGUUAUUGGAAUAAGAUGGAUGAAAGAAGGAGCAGAUUCCACGCCUGGAACCUACGAAGCUGUUGGUGCUGUUUUGAAAUUUGCUCAGUUAAUUCAGUAUCUAGAAGUUAUGCAUCCCUUUUUUGGUUAUACCAAGGGAAGUCCAUUAUUUCCAUUUUUGCAGGUUACCGGGAGAGCAAUAGUGCUUUUUGUCAUGAUUGAAGCAGAAUCAAGAAUGCAAACGAAACCAGUAGUUACCUAUUUGAUAAUAGUUUGGUCGAUAAUAGAAAUUAUCAGAUAUCCAUACUACAUCGCAGAAUUGUACAAAAAGAAUAUAGGUUUUCUUACAUGGCUACGAUACACAAUUUGGAUUCCACUAUAUCCUCUUGGAAUCUUGUGCGAAUUUGUUAUAAUUCUGAGGAACAUUCCAUAUUUUGAAGAAACCGAGAGAUUCACCAUAUCAAUGCCUAAUCCUUGGAAUGUAACUUUCCAUUUGCCAUCUCUAAUGAGAACAUAUCUACUUUUCCUGUUAUUACCUGGAAUGUACGCCAUGAUGACUCAUAUGUAUAAAGUUCGAGCCAAGAAAUUGGGCCAUAGUAGGGAAUGGAAAAAGAAAUUUAGUUAA